AUGACUUUUGGUAUGAACUUCAAAACCACACCAGUGUUUCUGUCUAGUAAAACUAACCACUCUGACAAAGUGACGGAAGAAGAGAAACCUAGCAGUGAGAGGUUAAGGUGCACUAGGAGGUCAGCACGCUUACCUCAGAUACGCGUGGAGGAAUGUGGUCUAACUGUGGAUGUGAGACAAAAACAAAAUGGACGCAAACAACAAACCGGCAGAGAACUUCAAACUGACAUUAGUACAAAAACUUCCUCGUUAAGAAAAGGGGACAAGAACAAGGAUGUUGAGUCACAGAAUACACAUCACAGAGAUCGUUGGAUGUUAGAUGCCAAUGAUGCUUCGAAUGGACAGUCUGUUGACGAAGAUAAAGAGAUAUCUACAGAGUUUGUAGAUUCUCUACGCAUUGGGAAAGUUGGUAGGAAUACCUCAAAUCGUGGUCAGGCUCUACUCAGCUCCAUGGAACCCAGACCAGUUCCAAAGAUGCGUUAUUCAAACGGUGCACCAAUCAACUCUAGCAUUGCAGAUGCCGUGAAUACCUUCCGGUCACACCGAGCAGUAAACAUGGGGGCUGUCUCGUCUAGAGAACGGGUCAUCAUCCGCCGGUUGGCCGUCAAGAGAUCAGAGACCACCGUGCCACAAGAACCAACUUCUACUGAGAGGAGAAACCAACGUUUGAAUGAUCGUCUUCACCGAUCGUCUUGGAGAGACAGACGGCAUCACAGUCUUGAAGACACCUGGAGGAGAAAACACAAACGCAGUGGCUCAACACGUAGCGAUGAGUUUGAUUUUGAGCUGACUUACAAUACAUCCGAAGACAUUAUUCGAGAAUUACGUAGCAGAUCAGGUGCCGAUGUAACGGCCGGGGACAUCUUAGAUAAAUCGAGCCGAAGCACGCCCGGUGAAGGCAGCGGGCGUAGCGCUCAAUCUGACGGCAUGAGUACGGUGCAUAGUGUAGACUGCCCGAUGUGUCUCGGUUAUGAACCAUCCAUGUACGGACAUAUUUGCCCGCCGAAUACUCCUCACGACAUGACAACAUACGACGAGGAUAUUUGACAUUAACAAUCACCCAAAGAGGCACUUUAAGAACAUUACUGUAGCCUACACAUUACCCAACCGAAAGUAGAAUUUUUUUUACAAGUUGACACACUUCCAGUGAAAUGUGCCAACAUCAAAUACAUCCAAUGAUGUUACAUUUCAAACACAUUCGUCUGUGCAUUCAUGUAAAUUUUGUUGUUCAUUCAUAACUUUGUAUGAUGUUCACAUGCCUAGAAUUUGAUCUUUGAAAGGACUACGCCAUUUCCUAUAAUAAUAAUAAUAUCCACCCUGCUGGGUGU